CAUGUCACUUUGCAAUAUGCAGCGUCGACACCGUGUGCCGGCGAUGGCUGCGGAAGGAUACGAGGCAUGCAUUCAGGUACGAUUAUGCAGGCGGACCCGCGACUGCGCGACCGAGGAAGGUUGCGCAAGGCACAAGAAGCGCAGGCCGCACGAUAAGAGGCGUGAUCGAGAGAAGAUCGGCCCCGCGGGGGAAGGCAUGACGUCACUGGGGAACGAAUCACCUCUGGCGACGCUGCACCUGUCGAUACUGGACGCGAGCGCGCGCGCGAUGCUGCCCGUGGACGCGCGCGAGGCGAAGGUGUUCGAGCUCCUGUUUGAGGGGCGAGCGGGUCACUGCGAUCUGGGAUGCAUGUGCGGGCACGUCCGGGACGCGUUGUUCGCACGGCGAGACGAGUGCUGGAGAGACGAAGUGCGCGUUGAGAGAAACCGCGAGAAAGACGUGUUCAAGGGGUAUAGAGGCGCACGCAGGGGGUAUAGAGGCGCACGCAGGGGGUGUAGAGGCUCCGGACUCAAACGCGAGCCUCUGACUGCACGAGACUUGAGGGUGGACUGA